AUGGCAAGUGGCAUUGUCCAUCGUGGCUUCAGGGAGCAACCAGUCUCGCGACCGGAGCGCUCUGGCCACAAGGGCGAGGAAAGGCUGGGAGCGUGCGAUGCGAUUAAAUCAAACGACAAUUCGAACAGGUCCGCAGUGGGAUGGCUCGAGGACGGCGACCCGGUCCUGUUAAACUGCAGCACGGCGGCGCGACGCCCGCGGGGACUCAAGAAAUGCGCAGGCUGGCGGGAUGGGUUCGAAGGGUAG